GCAGUGUCAUAAGUUGAGGGGCCUCCAAACAUGCCUUUCAACGCCCCCAACCACCUCGAAAAAACGGAUUGCAAAUCCAUGAACUCUACAUCAAGUUUUAGGGUUUUGAACAUGCUCCCACUGUCGAAUACCGUCCUACCACCUUCAUUUGUCAACGUCAGCAGAAAGUUGAAGCAUAGCAAUGUAGCAAAGCCACAAAGCUUAUGCAGCAUGACGCUGCAUGUGGGUGCCCGUUGGGUUGGAUUGAGCAGGGUGAUCUUUCAGGCCUGCAGGCCCUCUAGCAUUGCUUCCUCGGACAUAACAUGCCCACUUAUGGGGGCAGAGGCCAAUGGGACCGUCCAAACAGUUGGUGAAUGCGCUGUAGGCGGUCGCCAGCAGCUACCUAAUCAUAAGAAUGGCUUUUCAUUUGCAUUCCUGGCAGCACCUAGACUGCCUGCCAGCAACUUUGUAAAUCCUCCUGGAGGCAUACCUGGUGCGCACUUUCGCACUUUUGGGGAAAGUGCUCUGAAAGCUUCAAAAAAGGAGGAGGACGACGGGGUCACUGAGGAAGAAGGGGCACGGAGUUCGAAAAGGGCAAUCAAUGAGAAAGAUGGGGGAGUGAGGAAACCCGUCUGGAGGCCGAAUGAAUGGAGGGAGGAGAGAAGACUCAGGCUGGGGCUCUUACGAAACUUGAGAGUGUGGCCCCCAGAUGAAGACUUGGACAAGAAGCUGCCAAACGCAACAAUCGGUGGGAAACUGAUCAGUGCUGGAUCAUUGAGAGCUACUCUUUACAGUCUUGCAAAAGGCCCAAUAGCAGAUCCCACGUGGGACAAGAGCACCGCCCUUUAUAAGGAAGCCAAACAGGAGGCUGUCCAAGCUGUCCGGGGAAGCAAGUUUCUUUGCAGCGAAGAGGAUGCACUGCGAGCUCUAAAUGCACUCGAAUGGUGGCUGUCUAGGAAUCCCAAGGACCCGAGCAAAUGCGUCGACAUGUUGUUUAGUCCCGUGUUGCACGCACUUGCGGCAGCCCGGCGGACUGAUGCAAUCUCUAGACUAUGGGACAGGCACUGCUACCGCGGUGAAGGAAAUGACCGGUUCGUUCCCGUCUUCCUCGCCGCCUGCCUUCUUGCCAACAUGUUCGGACAACUCCUUACAAUGUACAAACAAGCCGAAGAAAAUGGUUGGCGUAUGCCCGUACAGACCGUGAACAUAGUGAUCAAGGCGAUGGCCGCACAAGGGUGCUCGUGUAGCGAAAUCUGGGAGUUUCACAAGAGUUGGUUUGAGAAGACGGGGAUGAGGCCUCAGUGGCCCACGUUGGUAACCCUUCUAACCUCUGGGGUGACGGUAGAGGAGAUUCAAAGCCUACACUGUGAAGAUUCACUGUUUGACGCGUAUGUGCUGAUCCGCGCACUUGCUGAGCUGGGCCGAGCAAACGAGGCGCAGAAAAUUGUGCGGCACAUCUUGGGAUCGCAAGAUUGCACCAGACCAAUGCCCACCAUCGCAGUUAUCUCUCUCCUUAGGCUGUUUAUACAAUCUGGGUUUCAAGCGGAAGCUGAGAGGUUGGCAGAUCAACAAGAGCGGCUAGGCUUGCGACUAGGAGCGGCAAUGUACUUCUAUUUGAAAACAGUAAAGAAGCCGGGGAAAGCGCUUGAAACAUACCAAACAUUGGAGGCGAUUGAGGGGUCCCACCGCCAAAGCCUGGCAGUGCUAGCGGUGCUCAUCAGGAGGUGCUACGAGGACCUCCACCUGACCAAGGCAAUGUAUCAUGCAUAUCUGGUCGGCAGGGGAUUGGAGGGCGAAUUUACCCCACCCGUCUUUGCCGACCUGGUUGAACGGUUGGCUCAAAAGGACCGGGCUGCUGAAGCCGAGGGUGUGCUGGCAGACUACUUCCAGGCGCGGCACAAGUUGCGCAGCGGCAACUACCUGGCAGAGCGGGCUUUCGAAGAAUUGGCGGCUAUGUAUUUGAAAUUCCAACAACCACAAAAACUGGUGGGACUAGUCAGGAACAUGCUCACGCAAAGAUACUUCGUCAGCAAUACGCUCCUGAUGAGCUGGAAAGAAGGCUUCAUGAGGACGGGCAGUGAGCGCUGUGGUGCCGACCAGUUCCGUUGGCCGAGCUGGCAGUGCUCUAUUGAGGCGGUCAAGAACGGGGCAAGCUUUCACAAGAGGGCCUGGGCGGAGUGGGGUACGUCCACCGGAGGGGUGUCGCUAGGUAUCGCUUACGAGCGCUCUGCGAGGGAGGGGCAUUCACGCCCUGCGAUGCCCGUUGUUCUGUCCCAGUUGGCGCCUCCUGGGCAACGCGACCGAGGAGCUGGCCCACCCCAGAUCGCCGUGGGAGGCGUCUUUGGCGGGGUGGUGCAGGCGGCGCGCAACGGGAUGCAGGCCGAGGUGCAUCAGUCAUGCAGACUGCGCGAGCUCAACCAGGCGCGCGAGGUGGAGAAGCUGAGGUCCUGGAGGAGCAAAUCUAAGGUGGCAGGCGCGGGUCCGGUCGCCUGA